GAUAAGGCAAAGAAAGAUAGCCCCAAAAGUAAACAUCCAUCCCCUAUCACACACACAUAUAACACAAAUUCCUCUUGACUUCAUUCCCCCACAACUUCAUCAUCCGACCCCAGCAGCCAUGGCCACCAUCACUGCCGCUUCUGCUGCCACGUCAUACUUCUUCGGAACCAGAAUCUACAACCCUGCGGCCGGGGCCUCCUCCGGAAGGUUCCAAGCCCGGUUCGGGUUACCAUUCGGAAAGAAGAAGUCACCGCCUCCUCCUCCACCCAAGAAGUUUCAGGGCAAUGCGAGCGAUGGCCGCCUCGUGUGGUUCCCUGGAGCUGAAGCCCCCGAGUGGCUCGAUGGUACCAUGAUCGGAGACCGUGGCUUCGAUCCGUUUGGGUUCGCCAAGCCGGCGGAGUACUUACAGUACGACUACGAUGGUUUGGACCAGAACCUGGCCAAGAACGUGGCAGGAGACGUGAUCGGGGUCAGAGUUGAGACCAAUGAUGUCAAUCCGACGCCGUUUCAGCCCUACUCUGAGGUCUUUGGGAUACAGAGGUUCCGUGAGUGUGAGCUCAUCCAUGGAAGGUGGGCCAUGUUGGGAGUGCUUGGGGCUCUUUCUGUUGAAGCUCUCACUGGUGUUGCGUGGCAAGACGCUGGAAAGGUGGAGCUGAUUGAGGGAUCAUCCUACCUUGGUCAACCACUUCCAUUCUCGCUGACCACAUUGAUAUGGACAGAGGUGUUAGUAAUAGGAUACAUUGAGUUCCAGAGAAACGCAGAGCUUGACCCAGAGAAGAGGCUGUAUCCAGGUGGGCAAUUCUUUGACCCAUUGGGUCUGGCUGCCAAGGACCCAGAAGAGUUUGAGAGGCUUCAACUGGCUGAGAUCAAACAUUCUCGUCUUGCCAUGAUUGCCUUCCUCAUUUUUGGGAUCCAAGCUGCUGUUACGGGCAAGGGCCCUAUUAGUUUCAUAGCAACCUUUACUAAGUAGUGAACAUCUCAACCAAGAGACUCUCUCUCGUUCUCUAAUUCAUUCAUAUAUUUUUCUACUUUUGAAUUAAAACUAGUGCACUUAUAUAAUUUGGUUUAUAUAUUAAAUUAUCCCA